UGUCUCUUGGUGGAUUAUGUCAGCAGAGACCCCUUAGACGAGGACGGGUCCGGUUGUACUGUCUGUGUGGACGAGGACACUUCGAUUCCACCUUUCCACGCCGAUAGCCCAUUCACCGACAUGUCUGCCAGACGCGAUUUUCCAGCGACAUCCAUCGGUCGGUCCCACACAGCCAACAUCACACGCACGGACUCUCGCGAGAGUCUGACAGCCCAUCCACUGCUAUCGACUUCAUCCGUGCCUCCUACUUCCACUCCAAUCACAGACCUCACCGUAGCACAGUCUUCGAACUCAAAGUAUGUCCCUUACACGCCCAGACAGCGGCCAGCCUCGUCUGGCUCACCCGUCCAACCCGUCAUCUCGGUGUCACCUCAGCAAACGCAGUCUCAGUCUCAAGGCGCUGCUACGGGGAAGCUACAGAUGAUGAACCUCAAGGCAGCCGCACAGGGCAUUGGGCUCGACUCGGCGUCUAUUGGCUGGGCCAUUCUAGAGAAGAUAUCAUACGAAGGCGAUACCACAGACGAGUGGGCCGAAAUAUGGAACGCCAUCACCAAGGGUAAGGCAUCCCUACUCCUCCCGCUUGAGCAAUCCACAGGACACGAGAAGAUCACACCCGAGUUUGUCCAGGAUCAUACUAUUGUGUGCAAUACUCAUUCCAGAGAUGACACCCCCAUCAUAACGCUCUCAGGCCUACGAGGCCAACUCGUCAAUGACGUCCUUACACUACGCUCGACGAUCCCACAUACGACCAAGCAGUUCCAGGAACUCUUCGUAUCGUCAUCGUCUUCCAGGAUCUCGCUUCUCAACUCCCUACCUCCCCUCCCAUUUUACCCUCCAGAAUCUUCCUAUCCUACGUUCUCCGUGCCAUCCCAUGCAUCUCUACCACUUCCACCUCGGGCAUCGAAACCUCCCCUUCCGCCGCGACCAAACCCUCGCUUAGCGCCCUCACAACCCCCCUCUCGUCUUUCGAUGCCUUUCGCUUCCUUCUUCGGACAGAAGCCUCCUACAGUCGCCGCUCCCACAUCAACCCCUCUACCUUCCGGAUCCUCGUCUGCAUCGUCCGCAUUGGGAGCUCUCAGCCCGUCCGCCCCUCAACCUUACACACCGACGACGACAACGGCCGAUGCCGAUUCUCCUCUCGAAGUAUCCGCAUUUACCAUCGGUGCCGCCAUAUCCCGCCAAGAUGUCGCCACGGAGAUCAUUGCUGCACUUAACGGCGAAAUUGCCAUGUCACUCAACGAUCAACCACCAUGGGUCGUCGACCGCGUACAAACGUUUGCGUCACCGCUGCUUCCAUUCGUGAGAGCACCCCCGGGAGGAAAGAAGAAGCUACAAGAUUUGGUAGGGAGUCCUGGAAGAAUCAAGUAUGUAGCCAACCAUGCGCAGCAGGGGACGCCAGAAGAGUUGUCCCAGAAGUUCCAGGAGUUUUACAGCGCUAUGGCGGCAGAAUUGCACAAGGAGGGACGGAGCGUAGAAUGCGAGGAACACAAGGAAAGUAUUUCCUCCGAGCACGAGGAUAAGCUUGAGGGGGAAGUCGAGGAUAACGAGAAAGAGAUCGAGGAGAGAGAAUUUAGGAUUCGGGAUGUUCUGGAAACGAUAGAGGCCACCCUAUGCAGCCUCUUAUACGACAGGCUAUUCUUGCCGACCGGGUCUGACGAUGCGUCCCACGACGAGGCGCUCUCCAGUCGGAUAGCUGCACUCAACGUACUCGACCUGGGAUUGGAACAUCUCGAUGUGGACGUGGGAAGCGCCAGUCCUGAAGAGUUGAAUGCUGUUAUACGAGCAUGUGGAGAAACUCUUGCACAGUUAGAUCUGGCAAGUCGGGCUCCGCGAGAUAAGGCCAUCGUUCUCGUCUCUGCACACAAGAUAAUAGUCGAUGGACUGUCCAAGGUCCCUCCUCUGCGCUUGAGGAGUGGCGAGAGCCCCAAAACAACCCCUCCCCCACCCAAUCCUCCUGCCCUUGCACCCACUAAUGAGCCUGGUAAUGCACUCCAAGUACUCGUAACCUCACCCUCUGAAAUCAAGAGCGACGACCACAAUCCCACACAGAUUGCAGAAUCGGCACUUUUUCAGCGAUCACCUAAACUCGAGCACACGGCUCUUUCCACCCCUCUUCCCGAACCUCAAGCCACCCCAACGCCUGUAUCAGGCGAUGUCCUCUUCCCAUUACUCAUUUUUUCCGCCGUCAAAGCCAACCCACCACACCUUGUCUCCCACCUACUCUUCACACAGCGUUUCCGCAACCAGGCAUUCGGCGGAGAAGAAGGAUACUGUCUGAUUAAUUUAAUGGCUGUCGCCGAGUUCUUGGAAAACGUCGACUUAGACGCACUUGGAUUGAAAGAUAGUCAGAAAGUCGUCAGUACGGCAGACCUGACUCCGAUACCGAUUAUGCGAGCUGUGACAGCGACCACACCUACGACACCAGAGGCACCCUCAUUCUUCAUUGGGACACCGUCCGGUUUUCGGGGACGCGUGGAGCAGGGCGUUGAUGUUAUUGCGGGAUCAGCAAACAAGGUCAUCACAGGCGUGUUUGACACGUCUUUCGGUGUAUUGCGCGCGCUGAUCCCGGGCCAGAGCGUCGUCAGUGCAGAGACAAUGACCAAAACCAGCUCAGGAACUGGAGAUGGGAGUGGGAGUGUAACUGGAGAAGGUGGUACGGCACCUGCCAAAGGCGCCACGAAUACAGACCCCGCGGAACCAUCAACGAUGAUGACAUCUUCAUUAUCGCCACUAGUCGCUGGAGCUGGGGCUUGGGGAAGCGGCGUAAAUCUUUUGCGCCGUGACAGCGGAUUCUCGCUUGCUAGUUUAGCUGCGUCAUUGCCGGGCGGGCAAGGUACGAGGUCCAGAGCAUCGAGUAACGUGGAUGGGACGGGGCAAAGGGAGCUUGUGGAGGUGUCCUCGAGACCUGCGUCUGUGAAGUCGUCUUCUGGGAGAGAUGAGGAGGGCGAGGAUGGUGGGGACGCCAGUGAAGAUAAUGACGAAAGUGGAGAGGAUGAAGACGAAGAUGAAGAGGAGGAAGGAGAGGAAGAGGAAGAGGAGGCUCAUGAUGCGAGGAGUAUCAAGAGCUUCGAAAGUAUGUUGAGUAGCAGUCGGAAGAAGCGUCGCUCUGCUGCUGCUGCCAGUACUGCUGCAAGAAAGAGCCUUACCGAUCGACUGAGCAAUAUGCCGGGACUGUCCAGACUGUCUCAUCAUGAAGGGCCAAAGGCACACACGGUGGGUAGGAGUUCAACACUAGGGACGUCGAAUGUGUCACUCCGACUUCCGCCACCAAACCGACGUUUCAUGGAAUGUGAAGGGGAUCUGAGGGUUUCCGAGGUGGGUGAGCUGUUGAGAGAGUAUCAACGACUGGUCGAGGCUGUACGUAGCAUAGGGGGAUUCGAGGAGUGAAUCAUGUUCGGUACUAUCGGGUAUGGGCUUUCUCCCGGAAUCGGGCAGGACCAUGGUCGACCCAUAAUCAAGCGGAUUCAACAACAUUUGGAAUGCCCCUGACACAUGUUUAUGCACGCCCGACAAAGGCUUCGCCAUUGAUCCACACAGCACUAGGUGGAAGUACCUGUUCUGUGAGAGAGAACUGAGCAUCUUGCCUGGUGCCAUACAUAUGUUUGAG